CUCAGGCAACAACAGAUGUUGGCGAGGAUGCAGGGAGAUAGGAUCUCUUUUGCACUGCUGGUGGGAAUGCAAACUGGUGCAGCCACUGUGGAAAACAGUAUGGAGGUUCCUCAAAAAAUUAAAAAUAGAACUACCCUACGACCCAGCAAUUGCACUAGUAGGUAGAAACAGGUGUGCUGUUUCAAAGGGGCAUGUGCACCCCAAUGUUUACAGCAGCGCUAUCAACAAUAGCCAAAGUAUGGAAAGAGCCUAAAUGUCCACUGACUGAUGAAUGGAUAAAGAAGAUGUGGGGUACACACAAACACACACACACACACACAAAAUGGAGUAUUACUAGGCAAUCAAAAAGAAUGAAACCUUGCCAUUUGCAACUACAUGGAUGGAGCUAGAGGGUGUUAUGCUAAGCAAAAUUAGAGAAAGACAGGAUUUUGGAAGACUAUUGCCCAGAAAAGAUGUUUGGUUUUCACAAGCCAAAGAUGUACCGAAGUAUAGAGGGCUGCUGUAUUUGCAGAGCUAAGUCCUCCAGUUCUCGAUUCACUGACAGUAAACGCUAUGAAAAGGACUUCCAGAGCUGUUUUGGGUUGCAUGAGACUGGUUCAGGAGACAUCUGUAAUGCCUGUGUCCUGCUUGUGAAAAGAUGGACGAAAUUGCCAGCAGGAUCAAAAAAAAACUGGAAUCAUGUGGUAGAUGCAAGGGCAGGACCCAGUCUGAAGACAACAUUGAAACCAAAGAAAGUGAAAACUUUACCUGGAAACAUGAUAAAAAGCAACCAAAUCAGUAAACUACAGAAGGAAUUCAAACGUCACAAUUCUGAUGCUCACAGUACCACCUCAAGUGCCUCCCCAGCUCAGUCUCCUUGUUAUAGUAACCAGUCAGAUAAUGGCUCAGAUACAGAGAUGGCUUCUGGCUCUAACAGAACGCCAGUUUUUUCCUUUUUAGAUCUCACAUACUGGAAAAGACAGAAAAUACGUUGUGGGAUUAUCUAUAAAGGCCGUUUUGGAGAAGUUCUCAUUGACACACAUCUAUUCAAGCCUUGCUGCAACAAUAAGAAAGCAGCUGCUGAGAAGCUGGAGGAGCAGGGGCCAGAGCCUCUGCCCAUCUCCACUCAGGAGUGGUGACUGAGGUUUAGGUAGAAGGGGAACAAAAAAAUGAUUUAAAUUUUGGAAAGAAAACAAAGCAACAAAACCCUUCUAUUUUUAACUUGGAUACCUGCUAUUCUGCCAAAAGACACUUUCUAGAAUAGUUUUGAAUGGGUUGUUAUUUCUCCUCCAGUUCCACAAACUCUGAAGCCAGUGUCUAGCUUACUAAAAGAAAAAAAGUACACAUAAUAUUUAAGAUGCUGAGUAUUUCAUAGGAAAGCUGAUGCUGCUGUAAAGUGCUCUUUAAGUCUUUUUUUUUUUUUAAUCCCCUUCUAAUGAAUGAAUCUAGGGGAAUUUCAGGGGACAGAGAUGGGAUUUGUUGUAUGAUAAACGUAUGUAGUUUUAGUCUUUCUAUAUUGAGAAGCAGUGGUUGGGCAUUUUUAAGAUGGCUGGCUAUACUUGUUUUCCUUCUUGAUAAUAAAUUUGUCAUAACUCAGUAACAUGGACUUGCCCCAAGAGGUAGUUGUUAAUAAUUUAAGGUCUUGCCAAGGUUCUGAUGAUUCAAACCUGUACUACUGAAUAUUAAGCAGGACAGACUAAGCUCUCUGGUGCAAAUGCC